GUCAGCCUGACAGGUCAUCCCUUCCAAACGCCCAAUUUCAGGACUCGAUAUUUUACGACCUAAAGUCCUACCGGAGAAAGUGAAAAAAUUUCUCGGAAAAUGCAGAAUGCGGAGGGUAUAAUUUUUUCUCGACUCGGCGAGAGUGGUUGGUUGUUCGGAAGAGAUACUGGCCGAUUGGAGAAAAUGGUUGACCGCAAUUAGGGCUAGGAUAUUCAAAGGGUUCUCAUCACUAAUUAGCGAGCUUAUGCUAUAAUAUUAUCAGGUGACUAACAUUGUUUUCCUGCUUCACCUUUAAGUCAUUGUGAACAAAUUUUGGUGUAGAAGAGCAUGUAAAAGCCAAAAGUAAAGUGUCUUCAGGCAUGCAUCCAAAAUAAAGCGACUGAUAAAGUUUAUUGCUAUCAAAAACAUUCAUGUUUCUAUUGCUCUCUUGAAGUGAUUUUCAUUUACAUGAAUCUUGACAUAUGCGAAAUCCAGAUGUUUCCAAUUGUUAUGUUUUUAAGAGUCGACUUCAGGAGUAUGCGCACAAAGCUGGACUUCCUACACUUGAAUACGAGACUAUUAAAGAAGGACCUUCCCAUGAGCCUUCCUUGAAGUCAACAGUUAUUGUUAAUGGUGUCAGAUAUGAUUCAUUACCUGGAUUUUUCAAUCGUAAGGCAACAGAACAAUCAGCUGCCGAAGUUGCCCUCACGGAGUUGGCUAAAUCUGGCGAAUUGAAUCAAUGCAUUACUCAACCAGUGCAUGAAACUGGCUUAAGCGAAAAUCUUCUACAAGAGUAUGCGCAAAAGAUGAAUUUUGCCAUUCCUGUAUAUCAGUGCCAAAGAGACGGUACCCUAGGUCAAGAGGCCCUUUUCAAAUGUACUGUUGAGAUUGGGGGCAUUCACUACAUUGGAGCAUCUGCCAGAACCAAAAAGGAAGCAGAGAUCAAAGCUGCCAGAACUGCUUUGCUUGCAAUUUGGUCGAGUUCAGCCGAGUCGGCUGAUAGACAGCUGGGAAAUGCGCAGUUAACAGUUUUUCCUGGGAAAAAGAGGGGAGCAGAGGCUGUUGGGAAUUCUGAGGAGUCAGCCAAAGUUUCGAAGGCAAAGAAAGCUCGUAUCAAGAAGAAACUGAAAAUGCAGAAGAAGAGACUCUCUGGGAAAAAGGUUCGCAAUACUCGAGUUGAGAUUGAAGGUGGUUCAGAUGUUGAAAAGGCUGAUCAAGAGAGAUUAGAAUCAAAUUAUGAUAAAGAAUCUGGGAUUCUAGUAGCCUAUAGUGGACCGUUGGCCGAGGCAGGAAUUAAGGUUCCCAAAUGUGAGGGAAUAAAUGAUGACAACAAUGACACUACUGAGAGAGCAAUACCCGGUGAACUUUUGGCUCCACAUGUUACUAGUGUUCCAGAAAAUGGGCAGUUAGAUGCUAUGAAUCCCAAUGACAAUGGUUACAGUGAUGGCGCCCAUAAUAUGGUAGAACCUGCAAUAGAUGGAACUGCCUUGGAGAAGUAUAUGAAUAAAUUGACUAGAGUUCCAGAAGCAAGCUCUGUGGUUAACAUGUGUUCACUUGGCCAUAUAGAGGGGUCAACUGUGACUGUUUUAAGCCCACUGGAAGUGAAAGUCGAAGCAGCUGCCGGCUAAGUCGACAACCUCUUUGGGAAUUGUAGUGGACUGUUGGCUGGGGCAGCAAUUAAGGAUCCUAAAUGUGAGGGACUAAAUGAUGACAACAAUGACACUACUGAGAGAGCAAUACCUGGUGAACUUUUGGCUCCACAUGUUACUAGUGAUCCAGAAAAUAGGCAGUUAGAUGCUAUGAAUCCCAAUGACAAUUGUUACAUUGCUGGCGCCUAUGAUAUUGUAGAACCCGCAAUAGAUGAAACUGCCUUGGAGAAGCAUAUGAAUAAAUUGACUGGAGUUCCAGAAGCAAGCUCAGUGGUUAAAAUGUGUUCCCUUGGUCAUACAGAGGGGUAAACUGUGACUGUUUGAAGCCCACUGGAAGGGAAAGUUGAAGCAGCUGCCAGCCAAGUCGACAACCUUUUUGGGAAUUAGUUUUGCAGCUAGCUAGAGAAGGGGCACUUUGGAAUUGUGAUUGGUACGUUAAUAUUUGACGUUUUGCUAACGUUAGCUAUUUAGGUAGUUAGGAUUUAGAAGAUCAGAUUCUGAGAGACUAACUUUACUCUUUAAUGGUCUCUGUUCCAUCAGCAUUGGCACAUAUUCAUUCAUAGGCGGUGUUAAGACAAUUAAUGAUUGUGACUGAAUAGAAAGGAUCCUGAUGAAAAGGCAACUUUUUGUUUUAACUGCUUGUGGGGAUUUCUUUUAGUUCAGUGUUAAUUUAGCAGUGCAUAUUCAAAGCAAACAAAGAAAAAAGCAGCAUUUUCUGCUGAAAUCUGGUGUAUGAUGAUCCUUAUGGUAUUACAAGUUAACAUGCCAGGACUGGCAGUUCUGACUUGUGAUUUAGUUGUAAAAGGAAAUUAGUGAUGGUGGUUGAUCUUAUGGAUGAGAAUAGGCAAUAAGGCAUAUGCAGAUUGAUUAUUUAAGUACAUUGUGAGCUUGAUGCAGAUUGCUUUCUUCUUUUUAUUUAUCUUUUGUUGU